GGCUAUUAGCUUGGCAGCGUUACUGCUUAAUUUCCUCUUUGCACAUCUAUAAAUACAGCUUCUUCCUCCCAUACAUCCCUUACCUUUCCCUAUCCAUUGACUCCUGCCAUCCAAUCUGAUUUCUCUAAGUUCUAACUACUUCUGAAAUGGAUUUUCUUGGAAUUUAUCUGAUAACUCUCCUAGCCAUUACCAAAAGAAUUCAUGGGUAUGCAGGUGGAUGGUCUAACGCCCAUGCUACCUUCUAUGGAGGUGGUGAUGCUUCUGGUACAAUGGGUGGAGCUUGUGGUUAUGGAAACCUUUACAGCCAAGGCUAUGGGACAAACACAGCUGCUUUGAGCACUGCUCUAUUCAACAAUGGACUAACUUGUGGAGCAUGUUUUGAAAUCAGGUGUGUAAAUGAUGCCAGGUGGUGCCUAACAGGUUCCAUAAUUGUCACAGCAACAAAUUUUUGCCCACCCAACAAUGCUCUCCCAAGCAAUGCAGGAGGCUGGUGCAAUCCUCCUUUGCAACACUUUGAUCUUUCUCAGCCUGUUUUUCAACACAUAGCUCAUUUCAAAGCAGGGAUAGUCCCUGUUCAAUACAGAAGGGUUGCUUGUAGGAAAAUUGGAGGAAUAAGGUUCACUAUAAAUGGUCAUUCAUACUUCAACCUUGUGCUUAUAACCAAUGUUGGUGGUGCUGGUGAUGUUGUAUCUGUUUCCAUCAAAGGAUCUAGAACUGGUUGGCAACCAAUGUCUCGCAACUGGGGCCAAAAUUGGCAAAGCAACUCUUACCUUAAUGGUCAAGCACUCUCUUUCAAGGUCGCAACAAGUGAUGGACGCUCUAUCAUCUCCAGCAAUGUUGCUCCUCCCAACUGGGCAUUUGGCCAAACCUUCACUGGCAGACAGUUUUAGCUUUUAUAACCUGGGCCUAAAACUAACCAAAAUCACUUAGAAGAGAAAUUUAAACCCUUUACAGCCCCUAAUGGUGAUUAGUACUGAUUAAUUAUAAAAGAUUUGUAUAAUUUUAAAUGUGAUAUUAUUUGUAAUAUAAUGACAAUGGUGGUCAUAGCAAUGGGCCCCUAAAUGCUUUUGUUGCUGUUCUUCAUACCCUAUGAAAAGGUUGGUUUGUAUUGGUGUGAAAUAUGAAAAGGGUCUCUCUCUCUCUCUCUCCCUAUACAAUUUUCAGGGUUGGGAUUAAUCCCAUAAAUCAUUUGUGGUAUUAUAGAGAAGAGGAGGUUAUUAGAUAUUUCUAGUUAAUUUCCUUCUCAGGAUGUUGAUGGUGUGAGAGCUUCUAGUUCAGUGUGUUUUAGGCUUUUAGCUUGGAAGUGUCACCGUGAGAUGUCACUUUGUAUCAUAUAGAUUCUAUCAGUGAGAUGAAAGAUUGAAUACACUCUGUGAACCCAUUUAAA